CUUUGAUCAAACUCAAAUUAAAAUCUUGACAUUUAUUUUGAGCCAUAAUCAAAGACAAAUAACUUUUGAUACACCUAUUAACUUAAAGAGUUGAAUGAUUAAGAAAUUGCAAUUGAAUGUGGUGAGAGUUGAAAAACAAAAUUGAGUUGGAAUAAUAUAUGGCUUGAGGGGCUAAAGUAAGCUCACCAAUCAAAACCACCAUAGCAGGUGGUGCAGAGGUGAAGUGAAGUGCGUCAUGGGUCAAGGUCUGAGUUGCAGAGGUAGCAAUGAUCAUGGCCUCUUCACUGCUCUUCAACAAGGUAACCUCCAAAUUGUCACAGCACUUUUACAACAAGACCCAACACUUUUUCACCAAACCACUCUCUAUGAUCGUUAUUCACCUCUUCAUAUUGCUGCUGCUAAUGGCCAGAUCGAGAUUCUGUCAAGACUUUUACAUGGAUCUGUUAACCCAGAUAUAUUAAAUCGUCAAAAGCAGACUCCUCUUAUGUUGGCUGCCAUGCAUGGAAAGAUUGAAUGUGUGGAGAAGCUUCUUGAUGCUGGUGCUAAUGUUUUGAUGUUUGAUACAGUUAAUGGAAGAACCUGCUUACACUAUGCAGCUUAUUAUGGCCAUUUUUCUUGCCUUAAGGCUAUUCUUUCUUCUGCUCAAUAUAGUCCUGUGGCUGCUUCCUGGGGAUUUGUUCGGUUUGUGAAUAUUAGAGAUGGAAAAGGUGCAACACCAUUACACUUAGCAGCUCGUCAAAGACGGUCAGAAUGUGUACAUAUUCUAUUAGACAAUGGUGCUCUUGUUUGUGCUUCAACCGGUAGAUAUGGCUAUCCUGGUAGCACUCCUCUUCAUCUAGCUGCUAGAGGGGGAUCUCUUGAUUGCAUUCGUGGAUUGUUGGCGUGGGGUGCGGAUCGUCUUCAGCGUGAUUCAUCUGGACGGAUACCAUAUAUGGUUGCUUUGAAACACAGACAUGGAUCGUGCGCAUCGUUGCUUAAUCCUACAUCUUCUGAGCCUCUUGUGUGGCCUUCUCCACUAAAGUUCAUAAGUGAACUUAAUCCAGAAGCCAAAGCCUUGUUAGAACAAGCCUUGAUGGAUGCAAACAGAGAAAGAGAGAAAAGCAUAUUGAAAGGAGGUGCUUACUCUCUUCCACCUCAAUCACAUUCUGAUUGUGUAGAUGACAAUAUCUCCGAGGUUAGUGAAUCAGAAUUAUGCUGCAUAUGCUUUGAGCAAGUAUGCACAAUUGAAGUUCAAAACUGUGGUCACCAAAUGUGUGCACAAUGCACACUAGCCCUUUGUUGCCACAAAAAACCAAACCCAACAACGGCUUCUAUUACUCCACCAGUUUGUCCAUUUUGUCGAAGCAACAUAGCUAGACUUGUGGUCGUCAUAAAAUUAGAAAAUCACGAUGAAACUGAUCAAGAUAGUGUUGAUAUCAAUUGUUCCAAGAUAAACAAGACAAAGAAACUAAGAAACUUGAACGACAUCGGUAGUAGUAGCUUCAAGGGUUUAUCGGGUGUCAGCUCGUUCGGAAAGUUGGGUGGCCGAAGCUCCGGAAGGGUUGCCGAUGAGUGGAUUGAUAAACAAUGAUGGAUACUCGUCAGUACUAAAAAAAAAAUUAGCGAUGAAAAUUAACGAAUGAUAAGAUGAAUAUCUCUAGUUCCUUGUCACUAAAUCUAGUGACAGAUCUAGAGAUAGAUUUGACAUUUUUCUUCGCUAAAUUUUCGUCGCUAAUUUAAUUUUUUUUAGUAGUGCUGCUGCUAUAUAAUCAAAAUAUUAAAAAUUGAAAUGAUUCCAUAAUGGUUAGGCACGUUAACUAAUUGUGUGUGCUUAACUUGCAAGGUAAAAUGAAAGUGAAAAAAGUGAUGGAAUAAUAUGUAAUUUUGGGUAAUAAGCAAAGUGAGUUAAGGUGAAGAAGUUCAAGGUACGAAAUGUUGUAGUAACUAUUAUUAUUAAUUUCAAUAUUUGCUUGAGCAUAUGAAGAAGCAUCACCUAUGUCGACGGUUUUGGCGUUGUUGUUGUUAAUAAUAUUAUUAUACGCGAACCAGUAAAGUGAGUAUGAUUUUUUCUCUCGAAAAGUGCAUGUAUAUAAUAAAUACUAUGUGAAAAAGUAUUUGCUUUGUAUUGAUACUAUAUUUGAGCAAUAAAACACAAGGAAGAAAACAAGGUAUGCUGUUGGUUGUCA